AUCAAUGAAUGAGUUCUACUCAUCCAUACUCCAAGAAAAUAAUUUAAUUCUAAAACGAUUUCUUUUUUUUAAAUUAGUUAUUACCGCUGCAAAAACUAUUGGAAGGGCUGUCUGGGGAAAGGAGUUUUGAGUGAGAGCGACAAUAAAUUUACGCUUACUCACAAUCACAGCAGAGAUGUGUGCAACGAGAAAUUUUGUGAGGAAAUGGCAGUGUUCCGUAAGGAAUUAUUUAAAAAAUCACAAAGCGAGCCAGGAACUCUCAAAAAAUUAUAUGAUGAAGGGGCAAAAACUAACCAAAUUGCGGCUCAACUGUUGGGUUUUCCAAAAAUGAAAGAGGUAAUGCACAAAUGGCGAAAACAAUGCCAAAUUUCAGUAGUACCGAAAAACAUUUCGGAAAUUGCUGCAAUUUUGGAAAGCGAUGUGUGGGAAAAGGAAUUACGAUACGAAAUGAUUGAGAUAGAUGCCGAAUCUGGUGCCGUUACUCAAACCAAACAUCAUUUUCAACCAUACGCUAUUAAGAACGUUCGCGCGGAAAUUGCUGUAAUUGAAUCGCACGUGGUAUUUGGGUGGCCAACGUUUGCCGCGGUGCUUAAAGAGGCAAGCGUGGGCUUUAUCGAUGGCACAUUUAAUGUUGUUCCAAACGUUUCUGGGGCCAUCCAAUUACUUAAUGUAAUGGUGGAGUACGGAGGUCAGCACUUUCCCAUCGCAUUUGCAUUAUUGAGCCGGAAGACGGAGGAAGCUUACGUAGCGGUUCUCCGAUGCGUAAUGCAAUUUCUGAUUCCGUCAUUUAAACCAAAAAUAAUAAUAACCGAUUUUGAAGCCGCAUUGGAAAAUGCAGUAAAAACUGUUUUCCCACAGGCGGAGCUAUUGGGAUGCCGGUUUCACCACAGUCAAGCGCUCAUUAAACGAUUCCAUUCGCGGUCAGUUAUCUCUCGGGUUAAACGGGAAUGCCCGCACCUCAUGGAGGAGGCUUAUACGUUUGAGAGGAAUCUCAUGGAUUUGUGUCUCCUUCCUGCCGAAUUUAUACCGGAAGGAUUUCGGCUAAUAGACGAGAGAAUAGAAAGCGAAUAUCCAGAACUCGCAUUAAUAUUUACGGACGCUCGUGAAUAUUAUGCGAGAUUCUGGAUCAAAGGAAAAGGCCCGAAAUCGUUCUCGCACUACAAAAAAAGCGUGCGGACAAAUAAUCCAUUGGAACGGUGGCACCGAAAGUUCAAAGAGGCGGCAGCAACCCGGCCUCAGUUUGAUAAAUUUAUGAAAGUCCUGAAGAAUCUCGUGCAAUCGGCCCACCUGGAUUAUUUGACGGUGGUACAGGGUGUACGCCCACACCGCAAGAGGAGUCUCAUGACAGAGUGCCGAGAAAAUCUCCUUGUCCAAGCGUGGGAGGAAAUGGGAAAUCUAUCCACGUACAAUCUUGAAGAGCGGAAGCAACGAAUGGAAAGAUUUUUAGAAGCAGUCUCUUCUUUUAGAUCGAGAACCGCCGAAUUAGCUAACAAGGUUUCAGUAUCAUUCGUGCGCUGGUCAAUCGUAGUAGUCUAUAUAAUGCCGUCGUUCGAGAUCACGAAGUGUAGAUGAAGGCAACCACGCGAUGACACACGGCUCCCAUUCCUCCAAAGGAUACGAAUGAUCAAAACAAUGUAACUAGAGCAUCCACAGCUGGAAAUUAUUAGCUUGCGAGUUAAAAUACCAUACUUACAAUUAUAAAAACUGGGAAUUUGACGAUCAAUUGUAUUUAUAAAAUUAGUCAAUUGACUCGAACUUUUCGCAAAUGAUUUGAGCUCUAAGGGAACAUGAGCAACGUCGAAAUAGAAUUUUUUUUUAGAGUAUUCCAAUAGAAAUCGACAGGUUCAGAAAAAUAUAAUAUAAAGUCGCACUCAAUUCGUAGUAAAAUUCAUCUCAUUUUAUUAUCUCUAAUCAACAUAACUAUCUCGAUAAAAUAAUAACUACGUCUAAAAUAUUGAGAUAUGUAAAUAAAUGAUUAUUGAAACGAACGGUUCAACAUUGUUUUUGACACAAGCGGCUACUGCUCUAAAAUAAUACAAUUUUCAAACCGAUAUGUUAAAAAAUAUCUAAUAUGGCAUUAGACAGUAAAUUUUCAUUAAUUAUAUUGUUCAGUAUAAUAAACACCGAUUCAGUAUAAAAA